UCUUCAGGUUGAUCGGCUUGUUGACGCCUCUGACUGCUGAACUAAAGGUUUUCCUUGUGACACAGCCGACAGCCAAAGACGGGAAGAUGAGGUGGUUGCUUUCCUUUAGGGCUGUGAUUUUGAUACUCUUGAGUCACAUGACCUCUGCGCUAGAAGUGCCUCUUGAUCCUAAAGUUCUGGAAGGAUUGCCACAACCCCCCACGAUAACACUGCAGUCACCGAAGGAUUACAUCUUUGAUCCACGGGAGAACAUCCUCAUCCACUGUGAGGCCAAAGGGAAGCCUCAUCCCAGUUUUUCAUGGACAAGAAACGGGACCCACUUCGAUGUGGAGAAAGACUCCAAAAUCCUGAUGAAGCCGGGUUCCGGGACUCUGGUCAUCGACAUCAGCGGGGAAAAAGCCGAGGCCUACGAGGGCACGUACCAGUGUACGGCGCACAACAAGCACGGCACUGCCGUGUCCAACAACAUCAUGAUUCGACAGUCCAGGUCCCCCUUGUGGUCAAAGGAGAGGAAUGAGGCCAUCAUGGUGCAGACGGGGGUCUCUCUGGUUCUGCAGUGUCUCCCCCCAGCCGGACUGCCCCCUCCUGUCAUAUUCUGGAUGGACAACAACUUCCAGCGGCUGCCACUGGAUGAACGAGUGUCCCAGGCGCUAAACGGUGACUUAUACUUUUCCAGCGUUCUCCCAGAAGACACCAGGAGUGACUACAUCUGCUACGCCCGCUUCCCACACACGCAGACCAUCCAGCAGAAACAGCCCAUCUCAGUCACUGUGCUGGAAAAGAGACCAGCAGGAGAGCGGCGGCCUGGUUUCAUGGCACCUUUGGGUGCCAGCAGCACCAAAAUGGUCCUGAGAGGAGAGACUCUGGCGCUGGAAUGCAUCGCAGAGGGCUUGCCUACUCCGGAGAUGUCCUGGCAGAAGGAUGGUGGAGAGCUCCCGAGCACCAGAACAUCAUUCAGUAACUUCAAGAAAACCUUGAAGAUCGCUGACGUUAAUGAUGGUGAUGCGGGAGACUACCGCUGUACAGCCAACAACAACCUGGGCAGUGUGCAUCACAUCAUUAAAGUCACUGUCAAAGCGGCUCCAUUCUGGGUCAGUGCUCCCAGGAACCUGAUCCUUGCACCAAAUGAGACUGGUAUCCUGACAUGUCGGGUCAACGGAGAGCCAAAGCCAAAGAUUAGGUGGUUUGUCAAUGGAGUCCCCAUAGCAAAUGUGCCUGAGGACCACAGCCGGAAAGUGGAGGAUGACACCAUUAUCCUUAAUAACGUGCAGACGGGAUCCAGUGCCGUCUACCAGUGCAAUGCAUCCAACGAGUUUGGCUACGUGCUGGCAAAUGCUUUUGUCAGUGUUCUGGCCGAGUCACCGAGGGUGCUAACUGCACCCAACCAAGUGUACCAAGUCAUCACCAACAACCCCGCCUUACUUCACUGUGCCACGUUUGGCUCACCAAUACCAACAAUCACAUGGUUCAAAGACAGGCAGACCAGCAUCCACAAUGGAGACCCGUUUGUGAUCCAUGAAAAUGGUACACUUGAGAUCCAUGUGGCCCAGCCGCUCAAUAGCGGAAAGUACACCUGCAUCGCCACAAACUCACUGGGAAUCAAGGAGAAUCAUGCCUACCUAGAGGUUAAAGAGCCCACCCGUAUCCUGAAGCAGCCAGAGUACAAGGUGGUGCAGCGCGGGAUGAGCGCUGUGUUUGAAUGUAAAGUCAAACACGACCCAUCUCUCAUUCCAACCAUGACCUGGCUCAAAGACAAGGGAGAGCUGCCUGAUGAUGAGAGGUUUGAGGUGGACAUGGACAGCCUGACCAUCAAAGAUGUGACAGAUGAGGAUGAGGGCACGUAUACCUGCAUCAUGAACACCACCUUGGACCAAGACUCAGCCACUGCCAUGCUGACUGUCAUAGAGGCAACUCCUACUCCAGCUAUUGUCUACGAGAAACCGGACCCUCCUACUGACCUGGAAUUGACUGACCAGACAGAGAGAACCGUUCAGCUCACCUGGAUCCCUGGAGACGAACACAACAGUCCCACACAACAUUUCCUGAUCCAGUAUCAAGACCUGCUCCACCAGCCAGGCGUUUGGGUUAACCUUACUGAGGUUGAUGGUACGAGCACCACAGCACAGCUGAACCUCUCGCCAUAUGUCUACUACUCUUUUAGAGUGCUGGCUCUGAACCAAAUGGGUUAUAGUGAGCCCAGCCAGCCCUCACGCCAGUACAGGACCAACCCUGCAGCUCCUGAUGAAAACCCGUCUGAUGUUCAUGGAGAAGGCUCUGAACCAGGCAACUUGGUCAUCUCUUGGACACCUUUGACAGGAUUUCAAUCAAAUGGACCUGGAAUGCAGUACAAGGUACAGUGGAGACAGAAGGACGUGGAUCAGGAUUGGUCCUCGGACACUGUGGCCAAUGUUUCACAGUAUAUUGUAACUGGAACUCCAACAUACAAGCCCUUUCAGAUCAAAGUUCAAGCUCUGAAUGACUACGGCAACGGCCCGGAACCUGAAACAGUGACGGGAUACUCUGGGGAAGACUUGCCUUCAUCUGCUCCUGACAUUGUGCAGGUGAUGGUUCAUAACAGCACUUUAGCAGAAGUGCACUGGCAGCCUGUGUCUCUACCAUCAGUUAGGGGGAAACUACAAGGAUACAAGGUGUACUACCAUCGUGAGCACGGCGUGCAUGAGACAGAAGAGGAGGCGGCGCAGCAAGAGCAAGUGUUGACGUUCAGCGGGAAUCGCAGCGAAGGAAGUCUGCCGGGUCUCCAGCCGUACAGCCGCUACGCCCUCUUCAUUAAGGUUCUUAACAGCAAAGGAGAGGGGCCACCGAGCUCCAACAAGAUGUUUGAGACACCUGAGGGAGUCCCAGGUCCCCCUUCUUUUCUGAACGUUAUCAAUCCAAAUCUGGACUCUCUGACACUGGAAUGGGGUCCACCAGUCAAAAAUAAUGGACGCCUUGUUGGAUACACACUUGAAUACCAACCAGUCAACACAACCAAUGAACUGGGGCCUAUCAAAGUUAUGACAUUUCUAGCCAAUGAGACAUCUGUUACUUUGACAAACCUGAAUGCCAACAAGCUCUACAGGUUCUGCCUAAGUGCAAGAACAAUCAAGGGUUCUGGUCCCAACAUUACAGAAGAGGCCCUGACAGUCAUGGACACAACUCAUAUUGAGCCCACUAUACAGACGGGCAAAGGCCCCACAGAGCCCCCACACCCAACCUUCCCCAUCACUCAGUCUCCGCAUCCCCCAUUUUACAAGGUGCCUCCUUUAGGGCCUGUGUUUGGAACGGUUAACACGUCAGUAUUGGAGGAUGGUGCAGUUAUCAGUUGGGAAUACUUUGGACACCAUAAGAAUGUGUUUGUGGAAUAUACUGUAGAAAACAGUAAAGAGGACUGGAAAAGAGAGUCAGUAAAUGGUUCCCACUCAUAUCUGAUAAAAGAUUUAAAGCCGGGGACGUCCUAUCGGGUUCGGGUGGUAGCUAGAGACCAUGCUGACCCGUCGGCGGUCCACAGCACAGAGGAGCUGUUGGUUCCAGUGCCAGCUGUUGCCAGCCGGCAGGUAGACAUCGCCACCCAGGGAUGGUUUAUAGGACUGAUGUGUGCCAUCGCUCUGCUCAUCUUAGUUCUUCUAAUAGUCUGCUUCAUCAAGAGGAACAAGGGCGGCAAAUACCCGGUGAAAGAGAAAGAAGAUGCUCACCAGGACCCAGAGAUCCAGCCCAUGAAAGAGGAUGAUGGAACAUUUGGAGAAUACAGUGACACAGAGGACCACAAGCCGUUAAAAGGCAGCCGGACGCCCUCCAAUGGAACGGUACGUCGCGACGAGAGCGAUGACAGCCUGGUGGACUACGGGGAGGGCGGGGACGGCCAGUUCAAUGAGGACGGCUCCUUCAUCGGUCAGUACAGUGGCAAGAAAGAAAAAGACACGCACGAAGGCAACGAGAGCUCAGAGGCACCGUCACCCGUCAAUGCCAUGAACUCUUUCGUUUAGCAAAGCCAUGGUUUGGUGGCAACGGCCACACCUUCAACAAUCGGGACUGUCUCUAGGGUGACAGUAGCUGAGGUGGCAGUCAUUAUGGUGGCUUUCAUUUCAGCAGGUGUCCCCAAAACUACUAACAUGCCCUCAUAUCCAUGCUCGCCACCCCGACCCUCUCACCACGCUCCACUGCAGCCUCCUUUGAUCAGUAUACAGACGCUCAACAUGCCCCUCCCCCACCGUAACCGAUUGAAGGAGGUGUGGCGAGGGACAAGAGGACUUUCAGAAACCAAGAAGAAAAGAGAGGAGAAGCAAUAUCGCAAAGCUGAAGGAAUGUACGAGAAGACGUUUUAUCGCUCCGCAUGGAGAUUAGUGGCGAAGUGUGUCAGUGCCAUUUUGACAUUUAUAGAAAAUAUGAUGUAUCCAAAUAUAUAUAUUCUAUCAAAACAUGUGACCCACAGGCAGGCAACGAUCCGCUAAAUUUACUUUCAUAAACACUUGCAUGGAGUAAGACAUGACCCAUUUUGCAUCCACGUGUUGCAGAGGUGGACUGUUAGACUGUAUAUGCUGCACGCCUUCUAGCCGCUGGGUUUGCCUUUUGUAUAUUUUUGGGGGGUGGGGGGUGGUGUAAGUGUUACAGCAUAUUAUAUAUAAAAAGGAAAGUGACAGCAGCGUUUUUGCGGUCAUGGCUGUAAAACGUUUCACUAAGUAGAAGCUAGCCUCUUGUGAGACAUAUGAACUGUACAGAUGUAACAGAAGAAGA